CAUUGACUCUCAGUGGCUCUCUUAUGCUACCUAUAAUAAACUCUCUUCUUUAAUUCCUUCAGUUUGUGAGUAUAAUAAUUUAACAAAAAAAAAAAAAAAUUAAUGGCUUCUCACGAUCACCCUCAUUCCCAUGAUCACCCUCAUUCCCAUGAUCACCAUCACCAUGAACAUGGUCAUGGAGAUUCGGGAAGUGGGUCAUGGGUAGGACCCGACGGAAAGGUCUACCAUAGCCACGAUGGACUUGCACCACACUCACAUGAACCCAUUUACUCACCUGGAUUCUUCACCAAAAGAGCUCCUCCACUUCACACUAGGGAUUUCAAUGAAAGAGCUUUCACUAUUGGUAUUGGCGGACCAGUUGGGACUGGGAAAACAGCUCUAAUGUUGGCUCUCUGUCAAUUUCUAAGAGACAAGUAUAGUCUUGCUGCAGUGACAAAUGACAUAUUCACAAAAGAGGAUGGUGAGUUCUUGGUGAAGCAUGGAGCACUCCCUGAAGAGAGAAUAAGAGCUGUUGAAACAGGAGGCUGUCCACAUGCUGCUAUUCGCGAAGACAUAAGUAUUAAUCUCGGUCCCCUUGAGGAGCUUUCGAAUUUGUUCAAGGCAGACAUUCUUCUUUGUGAAUCCGGUGGAGAUAACUUAGCAGCUAACUUCAGCAGAGAGCUAGCUGACUAUAUCAUCUACAUAAUAGAUGUAUCUGGUGGUGAUAAAAUUCCUCGAAAAGGCGGUCCUGGCAUCACUCAAGCUGAUCUUCUGGUGAUCAACAAGACCGACCUUGCAGCUGCAGUUGGAGCUGAUUUAGAGGUCAUGAAGAGGGAUGCACUUCGUAUGCGAGAUGGCGGGCCUUUUGUUUUUGCUCAGGUAAAGCAUGGAGUUGGCAUAGAGGAAAUAGUGAACCACAUUUUACAGGAUUGGGAAGCUACAACAGGGAAGAAGCGCCGCUGAUCUUUACUCAUGCUCGGUUCAGCUCAUCUCUUUUUUUAAGGCUUCUUUUUAAGUUUUUCUUUUCUUCUUUCAUCAUCCAAUGUUUAGACCUUAGCUAUAUCAAUAAAUGGGGCCUUAACCUAUCCUUAUUUCUAUGAUUUGUAUGUUGAAAUGUUGAAGUCAUUGAUGAUCUUUUAAUUUGAUAAUUUUAGUGUGUUUUGUGACAACAA